UUUUUUCUCAGUGGCAACGCCGCGUCAGUUGGUAUAUCAAAACCGCAAACCAUCCUUUUUGUUGUAUUGUGCGUUGUUUUCUGCGACGGCAGCUAAAUAUUUAAAUAAUUAGCAUCUUAGUGUGCUGCGACACCAUCGCUUAUUGUGUAUUCGUAGAAGGCCCGUCGAAGGAGCGACCGAUAGAGACGCCAUUCAGCGUAUUGAGUUCCAAGAAGAAUCGCUUAGACGCAAAGGCCCGCGGAGGGAACUUCAGGAACAGAAAAAGACCCCCCAUUCAGCGUUCUGCGAAAGAAUCGCGCUCAAUAGUACGAUAAAAUGAUGAACGAGGCAGCUCUUGCGAACAUGAUACCCUAUGACACUAUCGGACUAUACGAACAGCCCAAGCCGCGCUUCAUCUUCAAGAUGCCGCGCGUGGUGCCCGACCAGAAGUCCAAAUUCGAGAGUGAUGAGCUCUUCCGACGACUUAGCCGGGAAAGCGAGGUGCGAUACACUGGCUACCGGGAGCGCAGCAUCGAGGAGCGGCAGGUGCGCUUCAUGAACGGCUGCCGCGAGGGACACACGGAGGCCAGCUUCGUGGCCUCGGGAACCAAUCUGCAGCUGGUGUUCAACGCCAACCAGAACCCGUACCUACAUGACAAAGAGUGCGACUUUGACAAGGAGCACGGCAAGGUGCACAUCAAGUCCUACUUUAUCAUGAACGGGGUGUGCGUCCGGUUCCGCGGUUGGAUGGAUCUGGAGCGGCUGGAUGGCGUGGGCUGUCUGGAGUACGACGAACGACGGGCAAUGCAUGAGGAUGCUAUCCUACGGGACCAGAUCGAUCGCUACAACCAGCGACUGCGAGAGUUCGAGGACACCAAGCGCGCCUACCGCGACAACCGGCAGGACGAGAUGGAGGCGGUGCGACGGGGCGUGGCCUCCGGGGGCAUUGGCGUCGGUGCCAGCAUGUGGCGACGUUAGUUAGACCUGUGGACGGCGCCAGGGCCGUCGCAUCCGCAGCUACAGCAGCUCCAGCAGCAGCAGCCGCAUCACCAGCAGCUAGAGACUCAAUUCGCGAAUACUCAAUACUUCAUGGACAACUGAGAAUGCUCCGAGCCCAUUUAAAAAGGGACUACCCUUGCGAGAUUUCAAUACGAUUACGUUAGACACGCUCGAAUUAUGCUCCUAGAUUAGUGUUAGAUCUAAUGCUUACUUUACGUAUGCUUUUAUGGUAUUAUACUUACAACUUAGUGUGGAAUUAGUGUCGUAUCUUUAACUAAAAUACAUAAUUACUAAUCGA